CCUCAAUUCACCAUAACCACUUGGGUCACCUCCUUCAGCUGCGGUAGAUUGAGUUCUCCUGAAGCCAUGAAAUUUUUGCUAGUGGUCCUGUUGGCAGCCUUCGUGGCUGCAGAGCAGAAGCGUUCAGCCGAUCCUGGAUAUGCAAUCGGAGGUUUUGGCCACGGAUUCGGAGGUCUUGGACACGGCUUCGGCCACGGAAUUGGCUACAGCUACGUCCGGCGACACGGUGGUUUCGGACAUGGUGGUUUCGGACACGGUGGUUUUGGACACGGAGGAUUCGGACACGGUGGAUUCGGACACGGUGGUUUUGGCCAUGGACUUGGUUAUGGACAUUACAUCGGCAAACGUGAGGCUAAUCCUGAGCCAGGUUACGGACACGGCCACGGGUUCGGAUUUGGCCACGGCCACGGCUUCGGUUUCGGACAUGGUCUCGGGCACGGAUUCGGCCACGGACACGUUGGAUAUGCCGUCAGUUACCCCGUGUAUGGGUAUGGCGUUGCCCACCAUCCAUACCAUGGCCAUUCCUUUGUGGGCAACAGAAUUCACGGCCACCAUGGCCAUGGUUUCGGAUACGGCCGACAAGCAUUUAUAGAUGAUAGCACCGCACCCAAGUUUACCCACCACGACUGCUACCAAUACAAUCGCCUGACUACCAAGUCACCAUAUCCGGCGCUGCUGCCGUCUCCACCUCCUCUACCACCUGCUCCAAGAUCGUCUUCUCCUGACACCAUGAAAGUCUUGCUCGUGGUCCUGUUGGCAGCCCUUGUGGCUGCAGAGCAGCAGAAGCGUUCGGCCGAUCCUGGCUACGGAAUCGGAGGCUUUGGCCACGGAUUCGGAGGUCUUGGACACGGCUUCGGCCACGGAAUUGGAUACACCUACGUACGCCACCACGGUGGUUUUGGACACGGUGGUUUCGGACACGGUGGCCACUACAUUGGUAAACGUGAAGCUGAACCUGAAGCAGAUCCUGAGCCUGGUUAUGGACAUGGCCACGGCUUCGGCCAUGGAUUCGGUGGAUUCGGACACGGAUUCGGUUUCGGACAUGGACACGGACACGGAUUUGGUCAUGGAUUCGGUUUUGGACAUGGACACGGACACGGACACGGUUUCGGUCACGGAUUUGGCCAUGGUCUAGGACAUAGAUUUGGUCAUGGUUUUGGACAUGGAUUCGGACACGGUCACGGACACACCGUUGGAUACACCGUCAGUUAUCCUAUCUAUGGUCACAGUUAUGGAUAUGGACUUCAAGAGUUACCAUCCGUGUCCGUAACCGUGUCCGUAACCGUGUCCGUGGUGGCUGUGACCGUAGAUUGGAUAUUGGACGACUUCGUAAAUAGGAUAACUGACGCUGUAUUCGACGGUGUGCCCGUGGCCGCCGUGGCCAUGCCCGAGCCCGUGUCCGUGUCCGUGUCCGUGACCGAAUCCGCCUCCGAGUCCGCCGAAUCCGUGUCCGAAUCCACCGAAUCCGUGACCGAAGCCGUGGCCGCCAUGCAGUUCGUGGUGCUGCUGGUAGCCUACUCGGCUGCAGAGCAGAAGCGCUCAGCUGAUCCAGGUUACGCCGUUACCACAAUCCACAGAGGUUACGGUGGCCACGGAAUCGGCUUCGGUCUAGGCCAUGGGCUAGGUUUCGGACACGGCAGCUUCGGACACGGAGGUUUCGGACACGGCGGCUUCGGACACGGUGGCUUCGGGUUCGGUGGCCAUGGAAUAGGCCACGGUUACGGCCAUGGUUUCGGACACGGCGGACUCGGUUACGGCCAUUACAUUGGCAAACGCAGUGCUGAUCCUGAACCUGGUUUCGUACAUGGACACGGUUUCGGACAUGGCCACGGUUUCGGACAUGGCCACGGUUUCGGACAUGGUCACGGUUUCGGACACGGCCCCAUCGUCGGACACGGCCAUACCGUUACCCAUUCCUUCGUCUUCCCCCCACCAACUUACGGAUUGGGGGUGGCCGCCCAUCCAUACCAUGGCCACUCCUUUGUGGCCAACAGACUCCACACCAACUAUGGCCACGGUUACGGAUACGGCCACUGAUCUGAUCCUGAUAGUUAUUUGCGCUAUCCACUUGGCCACUGAUGAUAAAUCUUUGGAUACUGAUGCCAUCUGUAGGAUAUAAUCGAAGCUAUCCGUAAUAUUUUCGAUGCCAAUGUUAUUAUCAGUGAUGGAUGCCACCUGUGUUAUCCAUGAUGAUAUGCAUAAUGUCCCAGGUUACAAAUGCUAUCCAAAUGGUCAUAGAUGCGAUCCACAUGGUCACUGAAGGAACCCGCAACCCAUUGUAUAAAAGCUAACUUGUAUCAUACGAAUAUGUAAAUAGAUUAAAACGAAAAACGAAUGAAUAUAAUUUUGUAAGCAGAGAA